UUUUGUCGCUUCUCGCAGGAGUCUCUAUCUAUAUUUACGCGUAAACCCCCCCUCAACAACACUCAUCAAACCCACCCCCGAACUCUUCUUAAGGUCCGAGCCACCACCCUCAGCGCAUGUUCAUGGAACAUCACUGCCUUCAGAACAACCCCAAUUCAUCAGCAAAUGCACCUUCCUCCUCGUCAUCUCCGAACAAGUCCGACGACAGGAAGAGAUCGCCGCCGACCCGGAACGUCAAGACCAGAGGCAGAAGAUCGGGGCCGCUCAGGCUCUCGACCGACCCGCAGAGCGUGGCCGCCCGGCGCCGGCGGCACCGCAUCAGCGACCGGUUCAAGGUCCUGCAGAGCCUCGUCCCCGGGGGAGCCAAGAUGGACACCGUGUCCAUGCUCGAGGAGGCCAUCCAAUACGUCAAGUUCUUGAAGGCCCAGAUUUGGCUCCACCACGCGGCGUACGAGGGCCGUGCCGGCUGGCCCGACUUCGUCCCUGCCGGCGCGGCCGCAGCACCUCCCCCGGCGGCUCAUCAGUGGGCUCAGAUGGCCCAGAGCCAGCCCGACAGCGUCUCUUCGAGCUUCGUGGACGUCGAUCAUACAACACCGCCAUCGAAUUUAGCAGAUCUCUGGUGGUUUCAAGCUUGUGAAGAGACCAUGUCGUGCGAUGAACCGGGCGUGAGGCAAUCUCUGGCUUAAUAUAAUGUCGUCCGUCUUUAUUGGCUCGUGUGAGUAUCAUAUGUAUAUCGCAUUGUGUGGGUAGUCUUCUUCUUCUUCUUCUUGCUUUUUUUUUUGAAUUUCUUUUCUGAUUUUAAGGGGAUGGGUGUGGCCAAAAGAGGAAAAAAAAGAAGUUUUGAGGGGGCGCGUAGUAAUUAAUUGAAGCUUCGUGAUGUCAAUUUUGUACUAGUAUGGGGAUGAAAUUGGAAAAAAGGAGGUGCAAUUC